GCUCCCUCUGAGACCAUGUCUGACAAACCCGAUAUGGCUGAGAUCGAGAAAUUCGAUAAGUCGAAACUGAAGAAGACAGAAACGCAAGAGAAAAACCCACUGCCUUCCAAAGAAACGAUCGAACAGGAGAAGCAAGCGGGCGAAUCGUAAUGAGGCCAGCGCCGCCAGUAUGCACUGUACAUCCCACAAGCAUUGCCUUCUUAUUUUACUUCUUUUAGCUGUUUAACUUUGUAAGAUGCAAAGAGGUUGGAUCAAGUUUAAAUGACUGUGCUACCCCUUUUCACAUCAAA